UUCUUCUUAGCAUUCUCUUAUCGAUCUUUAUAGUCUUUAUAGAGUCUUCUAUCCAUCAUUACAAAGAGAAAGGCACGAUGAUUGAUCAGCCUCGAAACCCAACUGUUGCUCAGAAGGUAGCUGGCAAGCUUCUUCUCAGAUCUAGCCUAACUCAAGAUCUUUGGGCUUAUGAUGGUGGUUUCCAAUGCCCUGCCAUGUCCCAAAGGCAAUUUAAAUAUGGGAACUACACCAAUGCUGCAUUGCAGUAUCCCAUGUUGCAGCCUUGUAAAGCGACUCGUGAUCUAUCCAUGGUUGCAUCAUCAACUUCUCCUAUUUUUGUCCAAGCCCCAGCAGAGAAAGGCUUCACAGGCUUUGCCAUAGAUUUCCUUAUGGGAGGAGUGUCUGCAGCUGUAUCCAAAACAGCUGCUGCUCCAAUUGAGCGUGUGAAGCUUUUGAUUCAGAAUCAGGAUGAGAUGAUUAAAACUGGUAGGCUCUCUGAACCAUACAAGGGCAUUGGUGAUUGUUUCAGCCGAACAAUUAAGGAUGAAGGGUUUGGUUCAUUGUGGAGAGGGAACACCGCUAAUGUCAUUCGCUACUUCCCAACUCAGGCCUUAAAUUUUGCCUUCAAGGAUUAUUUCAAGAGGCUUUUCAAUUUCAAGAAAGACAGGGAUGGUUACUGGAAAUGGUUUGCUGGGAACCUGGCAUCUGGAGGUGCAGCUGGUGCCUCUUCUCUUCUCUUCGUCUACUCUCUGGACUAUGCUCGGACCCGUUUGGCAAAUGAUGCAAAGGCUGCAAAGAAGGGAGGAGAGAGGCAAUUUAAUGGCUUGAUUGAUGUCUACAGGAAGACACUAGCUUCUGAUGGUGUUGCAGGGCUUUACCGUGGAUUCAAUAUUUCAUGUGUUGGUAUCAUUGUUUAUCGUGGUCUCUACUUCGGAAUGUACGAUUCUCUGAAGCCUGUGAUCCUUACUGAUAAGUUACAGGAUAGUUUCUUUGCUAGCUUUGCACUUGGUUGGGUGAUCACAAAUGGUGCUGGCCUUGCAUCAUACCCAAUUGACACUGUUCGCAGAAGAAUGAUGAUGACCUCCGGUGAAGCUGUCAAAUACAAGAGCUCGCUGGAUGCUUUCUCGCAGAUCCUGAAGAACGAGGGUGCCAAGUCUCUCUUCAAGGGUGCUGGUGCAAACAUUCUUCGUGCUAUUGCUGGCGCUGGUGUUCUUGCUGGUUACGAUAAGCUGCAGAUGAUUGUCUUGGGAAAGAAGUACGGAUCUGGUGGUGCCUAAAUAAGGGGGAGUACUAUUUAUUCCUUCUCUCUUUAGCAUUAGAUGGUGAUGAACAAAAAAGACUUGGAGUCGUGAGAAGAAUUCAACCGGCAAAUUUUUUAUUUAUCGAAUAAUUCAUUUAUAGAGGAAGUCACUCCCGAGCCCAUUGUGAAUGGUGUUUUGUUUCUUAUAAACCUGUUUUGUUAAAUCAGCAUACAAAUGCUGUUUCUUGAGUUCCAUUCAAAUGUUUUGGUCAGGCGUUAAUUACCUGUAUUUCUUUAUUUUUGUUUUAUGAGGAAUAUGAUAUAUGAAUCUAUUAUUUGUCCCUUUUUUUCUCA